UGCCUGCUGAUCGAAAAGCAUUUAAAAGCUGCUCAUGUCAGCGGAACCGCAGCUUGUUUGUGAGAAAGUAGCUACAACAGUGGACAUGGUUGAAUUUUGGCAGUGGUGAAGCGUUGCUGCAGCUCAGACCGGAACCAAAUAAUUUCUAUAGUUGUUGUCAGUGAUGGGGACCAACAGCCAGAUCUCGUCAGAGACUGAAGAUGACAUCCACCCUCCUGCUGGGCUGCAUGUCUCCGUCAAAGGUCUGAAAGAAGGCUGGCAGAAGUGGUGCAGUGAGCACCAGGAGCAGCAAAAGCACAACCCUUUCAGCCACAACACCAGACUGAGUGUGGUGGUCCCUCAGAGGGGCCAGGAUGACUAUGGAAGACCUCUACAGGGGUCUCUGACAGAGCGGCGUGGGCAGGAGGCUCACACACACAUCAGUGAUGAGGUCCAGAGGCUGUGCAAGGAGAUAAGGACCAUCGGAGAGCUGAAGGAUGGGGGCGGACGCAGCAGUGGAACAAAAGUGGUGGCUGUAGAAUUUGGAAAACUUUUUGAACAUUAUGUGACGAUCUCCAAUAAACUGGUGGGGACUCUGUUACGGGCCAGAAAACAGAGACUGGUUGAGUUUGAUGGGGAGAUGCUCUGGCAAGGGAAGGAUGAUCAUGUGGUCAUCUUUCUGGUGGAGUGAGCACAAGCCUUGAUUAACAAUGCCCUCUACCUCGACAGCAGGGUAGUAAAUGUUACACGGCCUGUGCUGCUCUCAGGUUUACGUGUUCAUAGCAACAUUUGCAGAUUACACCCAGUUAGGUGAGGCUAUGCUAUGUGGGCGUUUUAUUACAGCCUGUCCAGGUGUUCAGGAGGUAUUUUGCUAAUGAACUCUGUCCGACUGACUGAUUUACAACCUGAUGAUGGUGAUUAGCACACCUGCCAGGAUGAAGCUAACCCAAAGAUGAUGAGUGGUAAAUCUAGUGGUUCAUGUGAAAUCCAACCAGUGUUUUCAUAAAAAGCUACGUGGUGCUACAGGAUGAACCGGAGCCGGCUGGGCUCCACAGCUCGUAUUUAUCAUACGAGGGCAGUUUGAGUUU